AUGUUAUCAAGAAGAAUUCUUCGAAACACCCGUUUAUUAUCAUCAACAGCCAAAAAAUUAGCUGAAGUAUCAGUUACUGUUGAUGGUAAAACUGUUAGUAUAGAAGCAGGUUCAUCAAUUAUCCAAGCUGCUGAUAAAGCUGGUGUAACAAUUCCAAGAUAUUGUUACCAUGAUAAAUUAGCUAUUGCAGGUAAUUGUCGUAUGUGUUUAGUUGAUGUUGAAAGAAUGCCUAAAUUAAUUGCUUCAUGUGCUAUGCCAGUAUCUAAUGGUAUGGUUGUUCAUACUGAUAGUGAAAGAAUUACUAAAGCUAGAGAAGGUGUAACUGAAAUGUUAUUAGAAAACCAUCCUUUAGAUUGUCCAGUUUGUGAUCAAGGUGGGGAAUGUGAUUUACAAGAUCAAUCUCAUAGAUAUGGUAGUGAUCGUGGUAGAUUUAGUGAAGUUGUUGGUAAAAGAGCUGUUGAAAAUAAAGCUAUUGGUCCAUUAGUUAAAACUUCUAUGAAUAGAUGUAUUCAUUGUACAAGAUGUGUUAGAUUUAUGAAUGAUAUUGCUGGUGCUCCAGAAUUAGGUACUGCUGGUAGAGGUAAUGAUAUGCAAAUUGGUACUUAUAUUGAAAGAAAUAUUAAUUCAGAAAUGUCAGGUAAUAUUAUUGAUUUAUGUCCUGUUGGAGCUUUAACUUCAAAACCUUAUGCUUUUAAAGCAAGACCUUGGGAAUUAAAGAGAACUGAAACCAUUGAUGUUAUGGAUGCUUUAGGUUCAAACGUUAGAGUUGAUGCUAGAGGUAUUGAAGUUAUGAGAGUUUUACCAAGAUUAAAUGAUGAUAUUAAUGAAGAAUGGAUUUCUGAUAAAUCAAGAUUUUCUUAUGAUGGUUUAAAAACUCAAAGAUUAACUAAUCCUUUAAUAAGAUCUGGUAAUAAAUUCGAUGUUGGUACUUGGGAUCAAGCUUUAACUAAAAUUGCUGAUGCUUUUAAACAAAUCAAACCAAAAGCUAAUGAAAUUAAAGCUAUUGCUGGUGCUUUAACUGAUGCUGAAUCCAUGGUAGCUUUAAAAGAUUUACUUAAUAAAUUAGAUUCUGAACAUUUAACUACUGACGUUAAAUUAUCAACUGAUGCUACUGGAUUUGAUAUUAGAUCAAAUUAUACCUUUUCUUCAACCAUUGAUGGUAUUGAAGAUGCUGAUCAAAUUUUAUUAAUUGGUACUAACCCAAGACAUGAAGCUACUGUAUUGAAUUCAAGAAUUAGAAAAGUUUGGUUAAGAUCCGAAUUAGAAGUCAGUCAUAUUGGUGAAAAAUUUGAAUCAACUUUCGGUUUAAAUCAAUUGGGUGAAAAUGUUAAUGAUUUAUCAAAAGCUUUAAAUGGUGAAUUAGGUAAAAAAUUAUCAAAAGCUACCAAACCUUUAAUUAUUAUUGGUUCAGGAGUUUCAGAAUCUGAAGAUUUACAAGCUGUUUAUAAGACUGUUGGUGAAUUUGUUAGUAAAAAUGCUAAUUUUAAUACUCCUGAAUGGAAUGGAGUCAAUUUAUUACAUCGUGAAGCUUCAAGAGUUGCUGCUUUGGAUAUUGGAUUCCAAACUUUAUCGAAAGAAGUUGCUGAAACCAAACCAAAAAUCAUUUAUUUAUUAGGAGCUGAUGAAAUUAAAAACAAAGAUAUUCCAAAAGAUGCUUUUGUUAUUUACCAAGGUCACCAUGGUGAUUUAGGUGCUUCAUUCGCUGAUGUUAUAUUACCAGGUUCAGCUUAUACCGAAAAAGCUGCUACUUUUGUUAACACUGAAGGUAGAUCACAAACUACUAGAGCUGCUGUUAAUCCUCCAGGAGUCGCUAGAGAAGAUUGGAAGAUUAUCAGAGCUAUUUCCGAAUAUGUUGGUGAAACCUUACCUUAUGAUGAUUUAUAUGGUGUAAGAUCAAGAUUAGGUCAAAUAGCUCCUCAUUUAGUAAGACAUGAUGUUAUUGAACCAACAUCUCCAGAAAUUGCUACUAUCGGUAUAAAAGAUAUAAUUUCCAGAACCAAAUCAAUAACAUCUGUUGGUAUUCCAUUAAAAAAUCCAAUUGAAAACUUCUAUUUCACUGAUGUUAUUUCAAGAUCUUCUCCAACUAUGGCUAAAUGUAUUACUAAAUUUGGUCCAAAAGUUGAUAAAAUCAUUGAUGAAAAUCCUGAUAUCAAUCUCGUUUAA